AUGUCACGCGAUUUAUUGAAUCAAACAUGUCCAGCUCGUCCCAGCAGUAUUCAGGUCAGUUUUUUUUUGGAAAAUUCAAAUCUCAUCCCCACAAAUUUCCAGAAACAUCGCCAAAAAAUCGAGUGCUUGAGUUUCAAAAAAGGAAACUGUCAGUUUGGCUCCAAAUGUUUCUUCUUCCAUCCGCCAACUCCAAAACCAGCAGCAACUGCACCUUUAAACUCCCAAAUUUGCCGAUUUUUUCUCAAAGGGACGUGCUUUUUUGGAAAUCGGUGAGAAUUUUUGAUGAAAUAAACUUUGAACAUGAAUUAUGAAGACGUGGCAAAAUUUGAAAUUUAGUUUCAGUAUUCUGAAGCCCCUUCACAUUGCCACGUCAUAACUCAUAUUCAGAGUUGAAUCUCCAGCUCCCCCUUUUCUCAAAGUUUGAGAUGUUUGUUUCAGAUGUCGAAAUCUUCAUCAAUAUUCUGUGUCUUCUUAUGAUUAUGAUAAACGUCAGGAUUUGAACAAUACAGUUGCCUACGAAAAACCGGAUUACAUGGGAUUUUCGAAAUAUGUAAACUAUAGAGAGAAAUUUUGA